AUGGAGACAGCCAAGGCAUUUCAAAUAAGGCUCAAUCGAGAAUUACAACAAAAUUGCUUACACUAUUGUCAAGAGCACGACGUUCUGCGGAGUCUGAUACAGCAACAAAACUGUUCGAUCAAAUUCCAAGUCACAAAGUCAAAGACGCAAAUGGGAUCAGAUAUGGAGAUUGACCUACCCAUCAUUUCCAACGGGACAUAUGGAUGUACAGACACCAUUAUGGCAGAUAGAGAGGUUAGCACGGCGACUAUGCUGGUACAUCUCACAGCUUACGCAACCGGAAACAGGGCGCACACUGAGAGCUGCGAGAACUACUGCACUAAAAGGAUCAAACUCAUUCGCGGCCUGCAGAAAACUGCGGAUAAGUAUUUACGACGUCACUUUAAAACAGAUGAUCUGCGCACCGAACAGCUACGCAAGCACGUGAACACAGCACUCCGUGCUGCCACGCUGGGGUUUGAUAUACAUGGUAUGAUACCGCUGAAGGUACAACAAUUCAGAUGGGGGGACGAGACAAUAGUUCAAACAACAAACGAGUAUAUCAUACCUCCUGCAGUAGCACAAGGUAUUGUGAACUGUGUGGCUAAGGGACUGCGGUCACUUAGAAAUGCGCUGAGCGCAAACCCGAAGUCAAUAGAACUGAUCGUUGAUGCAGGCGAACUAGUAUACCCUACAACAAUGCCAGGAGGAUUUGACGCAACACUUUUCCGCUUGCAGAUGGCGAUGAACCACUUGCGAUGGAGAGAAUGCAAUGGCAAGCAUUUACUAUUGGACUUUGUUACAAACUAUGACAACAACUGUAUAUCGAUCACUAGCACUAACGAAAUGAAACGUCUAUGUAAAGUCUGGAAAGUACUAGACGAUGGACGAAAAGGAGAAAAACAGUUGUAUAAGCCUGGGUAUUGCCGUUAUCCCAUGCCCGGUCAGCAAGUGCCACGGCAAGUAGCUGCAAGCUGGCUCAAGCCUGUGUAG